CUGACCACUUCACUGUGCCGCUGAUACACCAGCCACGCCUCUGCUCAGGCGGCGAACCUGUGCCGCCGGUACCUGGGGGCUGCUGGCUUCCCCUGGGGGGAGAUCCCGAGGGCCUCCCCUCAGCGGGGGAGUGCCGUGGCGGCCUGAGGUGUUGUGCGGGGAGGAUGGCGAGGAGCAGCCUGAGGUGCUGUGCGGGGAGGAUGGCGAGGAGCAGCCUGAGGCCUGUUGGAAACUCAGUCGUUCCAUGAAACAGAUGAAGAUGUAGUCACUGAUGUUGAUUUCACCAAUAUGAUUUCUGAAGAAGAAAAAGAAGAGUUAAAGAUUGAGCUAGCCAAGCUAGAGGAUGAAAUUUCAACUUUGCGGCAAGUGCUAGCAGCCAAAGAGAAGCACCUGGUUGAAAUUAAACAAAAACUUGGCAUAAGUCUGAUGAAUGAACUGAAGCAGAACUUUAGCAAAAGCUGGCAUGAUAUGCAGACAACUUCUGCUUACAAGAAAACACACGAGACCCUGAGCCAUGCGGGGCAAAAAGCAACAGCAGCUAUCAGCAAUGUAGGAACAGCUAUCAGCAAGAAGUUUGGAGAUAUGAGAUCGCAUUCAAUUGGCUAUUCUAUUCGCCAUUCCAUAAGCAUGCCUGCAAUGAGACCAAGGUUGGUGGGACAAGCCACACAGGAGGCAGUUUUGAAGAAGUUCUCAGCUCCACAGCCCAUGCCAGUGCUCAGAGCUCCCUUGCUGGCACCCGACUCCCUGAAAGUGAAGAAGAGCUUCAGUGUUAAACAGCAGGCCCUCCUGAGCUUCACAUGCCUCUCUUCAGAGACUUGCCCAGACAGUGAUUUUUCAGCCCUCUCUCACCACACAAUUUGUGCAACAAGGUUUUGUCAGCUUUGGAAAAUUGCUGUCCUGGCCUUGUGUUGGAGAAAUGUUUCCUCUCCUUAUUUCUAUUUUAGAUGGGCCAUUUUAUCAGUAGGUACUUUGUACAUCAUCAAAACCACACGCAAGUCAUUGGCUAUAAUGCACUAAAUUAUGUGUUAAGUGACUAAAUAGUUUUCAGUUACAUGUAACUUCCCUCUAACAAUCUCCCAGCCUCUGUUUCUUAUUUAUUUUGGUUUACUCUUUUCUAUCUGCUGGUUUCUGGCUUCCCUCUCAGUGCCACAUCAGACAGAUGGACCUAGAGCUGUGCAAAGCAUUCAACUGCCAGCAGUAGCCCAUACACCAGCUGUCUACCAUCCAUACCAGGUGCCCUUUGCUCAGGAGUGCCUGUAUAUCAUCUAUUUCCUAACAGAAUUAAAAUCACUUACUGUCACAAAAAGCUGUUUCUCCUUCAGUGGUACAGUCUGGCAUUGCCCUACACCCAUUAGGCAGCAGAGUUAAGGAGGGCCAAAGGAGACACCUGGUUAUUCAUUCAGAAACAACCUAUCACAGCUGCUGAUGUCAGAUGGUCAUUUUGGCUGGAAAAGUUUCAGCUUCAAAAUGUGCACCAUUGCUUGCUCUCUUUGGUUUGGUAAGACUUGGCAGUGAUAUUAAUUAGAAAAUCACGUGGAGUGGAGGGAAGCUCUAAUAUUUUUGCCUCUGUAUCUUCCCCUCAAAACCAAGGGAAGAUACAUUUAUGAGCCUCUGUCAAGAUACAGCCUUAAGUGAAAGAAUACAAACCCAACAUUUGGCUUCAGAUGUGCCACAGGUUAGAGAGCCCAUGCCUUCAGAGCUGCUAGUGUAAACCCUGUUACCUGACAAUGCACAGGAUGAGUAAGAACUUCACUUUUGGUGUCAAACUUUGUUGUGCUUCGCUCCAGGAUGUAACUCCAUCAACCACAUUAUCUCUGCUCAAUCACCAAGAGCCAGACAUCUCUCAGCUUUGAUUCAGCAUGUUUUCUGAAUUGCAUUCUUUCAAUGUUUUCUAAGGAAAGAGCAGCACAUUUGUGACACGAUCUUGCUGUGUCGUGAGCGUGUCAGUCCGCAUGUUGCGUCGCUCAGCUCACCGCACAGUGAGGUGGGCACAACAGUAAACAGGAUGGAAAAGAGCCUGGCUACUUUGAAAAUGGACGCAGUUUUUGAGCAUAGGCCAAAGCUUCAGAUCAGUGUUAGCGAGUUUGACAUUACAGACUGCUUAAAAUUUUGUGAGAAAACGUGGCUUUAAGUGAUUUUCGUUUUUUCUUGUGUGGCUUUUGUUAGUUUUAACGAAGUUGAAAGUCCUUUUGUAAUGUUCUACUGGACAUAAGUUAACUUUGGACAUUUAUAUCACAUGCCUCUUAAGUGUGAUUUUUAGCAUGGAAGCAAAUCUAAUCAUUUUUCUAGUAUUCUUGUGACAAUUUUCUAGCAUAUUUUAUGUGGUUUUGUGCAUAAAUGUGAAUUUAUUUAAUUAAAAAUGGAAGAUAUUGACAACUUAGUUUGUGUAAAUGAAGUUCUUGAUAUUCUUAUUAAAAAUAAAUUUCUCUCUUACUCUUUUACCCU